AUGGCAGAUAAGAUGUCCAUCGACAACAAAGAUCCCGUCAAGGAGGACACUCCCGAGACCACGGGCUCCAGUCCCGAGGCCGACCACGCCGCCGCCGCCGCCAACGGCACCUCGAGCAAUUCCAAUGGUGGCACCGAGAACCAGCAGCCCAAGCGAAAGGGCGGCCGCAAGCCCAUCUACGCCACCUCUGAAGAGCGUAAGCAGCGCAACCGCCAGGCUCAGGCCGCUUUUCGCGAGCGUCGCACCGAGUACAUCAAGCAGCUCGAGGAGGCCAUCCGCGUGCACGAGUCCAACCUGCACAACCUCCAGGCCGCUCAUCGGACUGCUGCCGAUGAGUGUCUGAUGUUGCGCUACAAGAACUCCCUUCUAGAGCGCAUCCUCUUGGAGAAGGGCAUCGAUGUCCAGGCUGAGCUCCGAGCCAAAACUGGCAGUCCAAACUUGGGACCGACCCAUGCUCCUCAGAACAUGGUCCAACCACCACCCAUUCAGCGUGCCAUUUUGAACCGACAUCACCAGUCUCGACGGUCCAACUCGAGCAUUGCCCCGAAGCUCGAGCCCGGCAUCAGCACCCUGCCUCCGCCAAUACAUGCGGCUCACUCGGCCGCGUCGCCCAAGGGUCGGCCUACGCCAUCGUCGCACUCCAAUUCCCCGACGAACACGGCAAACGCAUAUGGCAGUCAGGCAGCGCUGUCGCCGGCGGCCUCUGACCAUGGUCCGCUUCGCGCAGGCAUGGCGCCCUCUAUGAAGUCCCAGCUUAGUCCUAUGGGCCCCAUGAAUCCGGCCGCCCGAGCUCACAUGAUGUCCGGUGGUCCUCCCAGGGUCGGCAACAACGGUUCAUAUUAUCCGACACCGGGCUUCCAGAACCACAUUGAGCAGCUAGAACAAGAAUAUGACGCUCCUGCAGAUAUGAUUGAGGAUUCCGAGAUCGACACCCCGAGUGGUCCCGGUCCAUAUCCCAACGGCUUCUCAGGCGACACGCAGCAACAGAUGAUGGCUUCUCCAAAUUCUGUUGGCCCGGGUCAGCAACACAUGACCUCUCAGGGCGAGUCUGCGCAGACCCCUCACACGACCCAGGGUGCAUACCCUUCCAUGACACAGCUCUUGGAUACUGGCAUUGAUUGGGAUCCUUUUGGGCUGAGCGCCAGCAUGGCCUUCCCGUCACAAUUCUCCUUCGACACGAGCAAUAUGCGAUAA